AUGUUUGACAUAAUUGUUGACUUAAGUGGAGUUGUAGAUUUUGAAUACUAUAAUAGUUGGAAAGUGGAAUGUUUUUCAAUUAAAGAUCAAAUUUUAUUGACUUUUAUCAAACUUAGAUUGAAUUUACUUAACAAAGAUCUGGCUUUUAGAUUCAAUACAAGUGAAUCAACAGUUUGCAAUAUCAUAUUGACAUUUAUUAUUGUACUUCAUGAAAUUGUAUUCAAUCAAUUAAUGAAAACGGUGCCUUCUCAAAGCAAAAACAAGCUUUGUCUGCCUAAUUGUUUUGUAAGCUUUCAGAAUUGUAGGAUAACCAUAGACUGUACUGAAGUAGCAUGUGAUAUUCCCCAUCAAUUAGAUCACCAGAGAGCUACUUUCAGUUCAUACAAACAUAAAAAUACACUAAAAGGGCUUAUUGGAGUUGCACCUAUUGGUGUUAUUACAUUUGUCAGUAAAUUGUACCCAGGGUCAACUUCCGAUAAAAAAAUUGUUAGUCAUUGUGGAAUUUUAAGUUUACUUGAGCCUGGUGAUCUAAUUUUGGCAGACAAAGGAUUUCUUAUAUCAGACCUUAUACCUAACGGGGCUUCUUUAAACAUACCUCCUUUUCUUACUUCAUCUCAAUUUACACCUAGUGAAGUUGAAAGAACAAAAACUAUUGCCCGAGCUAGAAUUCAUGUCGAGAGAGCUAUUAGUCGAAUAAAAGGAUUCAAAAUUUUGAGUCAUAUUCCAAAAUCUUUGUACAAAAAAUCAUCCAUAGUAUUUCAACUUUGUGCAUCAUUAGUCAAUUUUCAAAAUCCACUUAUUAGAGAAGUAGAAAGUUUGUUUAUUGUAUCAGCUCCAGAACAUAAUGAUAUUUAA